CCAAUUGAUCUUCGAGUGAUUUUGGAUUAUUAUUUUUUCUUCUCCAUCUGAUUGUUUUUCUUCUUCGUAUCCGUGAAAUCCUUAAGAAACCAACUUUUGUAUCGGAGAACGGCUAAAAGAUGACGGGGGAUCGCGACGAGGCUAGGGUUUCUCCGACCGACGAGGCUGCAGCGAACGAUGCUUCUCGGACGAGGCAAAGGAGGAAGAGAAAGUGGGAUCAGCCUGCGGAGCAACUAGUUGCAGCUGGAGUCUCGCUUCCUCGAUUACUCCCUCUAGCCAAUACUAUGAAUCUUCCUGCUGCAACUGUGGCGCCAUUGUUCCAAACGCUUUCUUCCUUGCCCCAGCAAACCACAUCAGUUCCACUAGUUGUUAAUCAACCUAAGAUCCAGGAUGAGUUGACUAUAGCGCGAGAAAUUGUUAUCAACGAUGCUGAGGCUUCUCUUAGGCACAAGCUUACUAAACGCUCGACUCAAGAAGAAAUUCAGAGAUCUACUGGUGCUGUGGUGAUUACUAGGGGCAAGUACCGUCUUCCAAAUGCACCUCUUGAUGGUGAAAAGCCAUUGUAUCUUCACAUAUCUGCUGCCGCCAAUUUAAAAGAAACUGCAGAGCGUAUCUUAGCCGUUGAUCGUGCAGCAGCUAUGAUUGAGGAGAUGAUGAAACAGAAAACAAACUCACAUGUCGGGUUGGUUGGUUUUCAGACCAAGAUGCUGAGCACUUGCGUAUAUUUGGGUUUUGAAGCUGACCCAUCAUCUAAUGUUGCUGCUCGUAUUCGUGGGCCUAAUGUUUACAUUUGCAUUAUUUUGUCUCACUCCAUGAAUUCAAAAGAUUCUAAUGUUGAAGCUCUCUCCGACAUCUCCGUGCAACCGGGAGAGAUCUUUUUUUGUGCUGUUGGUGGUUGGCUUUCCUACAUGCAGGAUCAGUAUAUAAAUCACAUUAUGAAUGAAACAGGAGCAACCGUUGUACUAAGAGGGCGUGGUUCAGGGAGCCUUGAGAACCAACACGGUGAAGAAGCACUGCAACCAUUGCAUCUAUUAUUGUCUAGCAGCAAUCCGAAGAGCAUUGACGAUGCUAAACGUUUAGCUGAGAAUCUUAUGGAUACAAUCAGUGUAGAAUUCGGAGCUUCAAGGGUUUCCUCAAGCAAGGUGUAUGGUGCAGUGCCACCACCACAGCAACUGCUUUCUGGAGCUCCAAGUUCUGAAAACGAGCAAAAGCCAAAUUUGAGUUCAACAUAUGGUUUGAUGCCAUCGCUACCCAUCAUACCGCCGCCCAACGCUGUUAAUACGUUUUCUGUUCCUCCAGCAACAACUCCUUAUCCUCAGUUUCCAGUGUUUCAGCCUCCAGGGAUCCCUAAUGGUGGGCACUUGCGACCAAGUCCAGUCAGUUACGUACAGCCCGUGGCUGGGGGAACUAGCUAUAGUGGGUAUGCUGGAAUAUACCCUCAAGCCACUCCACUGCAACAAGUUGCUCAAGUCCUUAAGCAAUCAGUUUCCCCUGUUAUCUCCACUGUGCCCCCUACCUUGUUGACAGCUACGUCCUCAUCGAAGCCAAGUGAUAUUUCAAGUAAGGAAAAGGAAAGGCGUCCAUCCCAAAAGCGAAAGUUUCAGGAGCUACCAGCUGAUUCUAAAGUCCCAGCAAAAUCCAAAGAGCACUUGGAGUUAGCAGCAGCAGGUGAAGUUGCCCCAAAGAAUAUUAUAGUUGAGCCAUCAGCAACUGGAGUGCGGUCUUCACCAAGAUCUGUGAUGCCUCCUCCUCCACCAAAGACCAUCCCAACACCGCCUUCUAAGACCGUCUCUCCUCUAUCAUCGAGAAUCAUGCCUCCUCCACCACCGCGAUUUACACCAUCAACACAACCUCCAAGAUUACAGGACGACUGCAUCACCGUAAAGAAACCAAACCCAGUUCCAGAUACUUUAAUAAAGCUGAUGGAAUAUGGGGAUGAUGAAGACGAUGAUGACGAACCUGACGAGACAUUGAUUGUCAAAUCGUGACAGUGUAGUAGUAGAUGAUGGAACCAUCUGAUCUGGCAACAAAUUUGCCAGUCUUUUGUCUGUAACAAUAGAAUUGUUUUGGGGUCUUUGUUUAUCUGGCCUCCUAUUGACUCGUGGCUUAGGGUCCUGUGGUAUCAAACUAUUAAGACAAGUAUACAAGGAAUUACUGUGGCUGACUUUGUGAUGCCCUUGUUGUUGUACCAAAAUAAUACUACAUGAUAGAUAUAUAUUUAUUUACCAAUGGAUCAAGAAUUCAAGAUCAUAUUCUUAUUUAAAAUUUCGAAAUGAUAUUAUACUGUGGCCAAUAA